CCUCCUCCUCCUCCUCCUCGCCCCCCUCCCCUCCCCCCUCGUCCCGCAAUGGCCCCCUGGGCGGGCGUCGCGGCGGCGCUGGUGGCCGCGCUCCUGCUGCUGCAGCCUCCUGGCUGCGGCGCGCCGCGGCCGCCCAGGUCGGGCAAGGGCCGAGGCCCGCAGAGGACGCCCCCCCAGGGGCGCAGGACAGAGGCGGCGGCUGAACGCCCGGCGGCACCCAGGAGCCCAGACCCGCCGCAGCCCCGCGAUGGAGAGGAACCGCCGCCGCCAGGCCGGGCCCGGCCCCCCACAGACCCCGCCAACGACCCGAAGUGCGACUACGCGACCGGCGAGGGCUGCGGCGGCAGGGUCAAGAAGAUCAUCGGCACCUGGGGCCAGAAGAGCUCCGAGGAGGUAUCGGCCCAGAUCUCCGAGCUCCAGCAGUCCGGCAAGGCUAAGAAGCUGCUGGAGAUCCUGCAGAGGCACAGCGCGGCCAGGCAGGAGCUGUAGCGCUGGCGUGCGCCUGCGCUCUCCGCUGGCCGCUGGCAGCCCCAGCUCAGCACACCGCGGGCAGCCCCAGCUCAGCACAGUGCUGGCCGUCCAGCGGCUUCCUCCUCUCGAUGCUCCUGCUACAGCUCCUCCUGUGGGGAGCGCCAGACUCCAU